AUGCGAGGGGCCGCGCCGGGGUUUAUUAAGGAGCUAGAGGCUGGAGCGGCGCGGAGUUCGGUUCGGGUAGAGGAGGAGCGAGAAGAAGAGAGGAGGAGGAAGCGGAGGAGGCACAGUGCGCGACUUGAGAGGGAGAGACACGCGGAGCGAGUGACGCAGCGAUGAGCGGGACUCCCCCACCCACCUCUUCACUCACCUUACCGGCAAUCACCUCAUCACUCACCUCAACACCACCACCACCACCACGCACUUCUCCACUGACUUCAUCAGCACCACGACGCACCUCUUCAUCAUCACUGAAACCACCACGCACCUCAUCGCACUCCUCAACAUCGCCCGCUUCUCCACUCUACUCAACCUCACCACUCACCGCUUCACACUCACCACCACACGCCUCUCCACUCUCCUCAACAUCCCCGUCGUCGUCGCCGCUCGUGCUGAUGAAGACCCUGGGGCUCUGGUGGGUGCUGGUGGCCGCCGCGCUGCUGCGGGCCCCUCCGGUGGGGGCCCAGACCCCCGUGUCCCCCUCCGCGGGGGGCCCCCGGCGGCCGGGCGAGGUGUGGAGGCAGCUGAUCCAGUGGGAGAACAACGGGCAGGUGUACAGCCUCCUCAACUCCGGGCCCGAGUACCUGCCCGGGGGCAGCAGCAGCGCCCACAACCAGGGCCGCAACACAUUCUGGCUGGGAGCGGGGGGGCAGCAGCCGGGGCAGCCGCAGCUGCAGCAGGGGCAGCAGCAGCAGCUACAGCAGCAGCGUCGACAGCAGCAGCAGCAGCAGGGGUCAAACGGGGCCCGUGGACAGGGACGCAGGCAGACCCCCUCUGCCCCUCGACCCAGCCCAGUGACACAGACCAGAAGAACUGGUGGUGGCGGCGGUGGCGGCAGCAGCAGCAGCUACUGGUGGCAGACCAACUCUGGCUCAUGGGCGACCGCACGACCCCACGCGUCUGCCCCGGCCGCGCCGCGACCCCAAGUGGCCUGCACCUCGACCUCAAGUGGCCCCGCCGCGACCCCAAGUGGCCCCCCCGCGACCCCAAGUGGCCGCACCCCGACCCGUGGCCGCACCGCUCGCCGCGCCCCGGACCCAGACGGCCACAACCUCAGCAGCUGCAGCAGCUUCAGCUGCAGCAGCUUCAGUAGCAGCAGCAGCCACGGCCCCGGCGCCUGCACCGCCCCGCAACGCGAGACCCGCCGAGACGCCGGCAUCCGUGGCCAUACAGGACGGGAUGACUGGGAGACAGCAGCAAGGGGGGAUGCCGAGGGUGCAGGGGGUCCCCGAGGGGACACGAGCCGGUCAGGGCGUGGGGGAUGACCCCAACUCCAACACGUACCGCCACGAGGAGAACCCCUACUACAGGAACCCCUACCCGCCCUUCCUCAGCAACCGCGUGCCGCCCCGGACCCCGCAGAGAACCCCUCUGCCUGACCUGGUCCCGGACCCCUACUACAUCCAGGUGUCCACCUACAUCCAGCGCGCUCACCUCUACUCCCUGCGCUGCGCCGCCGAGGAGAAAUGCCUGGCCAGCACGGCGUACCGCCCCGAGGCGGCUGACUACGACGUGCGUGUCCUCCUGCGCUUCCCGCAGAAAGUGAAGAACCAGGGCACCGCCGACUUCCUGCCCAGCCGCCCGCGCGAGGCGUGGGAGUGGCACGCGUGCCACCAACACUUCCACAGCAUGGACGAGUUCAGCCACUACAACCUGCUGGAGGCCGGCUCGGGCCGCAAGGUGGCGGAGGGCCACAAGGCCAGCUUCUGCCUGGAGGACACGACCUGCGACUACGGCUACCGCAAGCGCUACGCCUGCACGGCGCACACGCAGGGUCUGAGCCCCGGCUGCUACGACACCUACAACGCCGACAUCGACUGCCAGUGGAUCGACAUCACCGACGUGCGGCCCGGGAACUACGUGCUCAGGCUGCACGUGAACCCCAACUACAAGGUGCGCGAGUCGGACUACUCCAACAACAUCGUGCGCUGCGACGUGCGCUACACGGGGAGGUUCGCGUCGGCCACCAACUGCCGCAUCUCCCCAUACUGAGAGGCGAGGACCUGGGACUGAUACUUGAAGACCCCGCCUGCCCCCCUCCUCGCCUGCCCCCCUCCUCACACGCCCACAUCCACCCCGGAUUCUGUUGUCCGGGAUCUACAUGGGGAGAAGGUGGGGGAGGGGCUGGAAGGUGGGGAGCGACGAUGCGAGUCAACACAGCUGAGGCAGCAACAGCGCGGACAUCACCAUCACCCAACGCCUUCGCACCUCCCCACGCCGCCCCACCAACCCCACACACCCCACACACCCUGCCUCGCCUGCUGCUGCUGCUCCACAUCCUGCCCUCUCCCUAAACACUGCCCCCUCCAUAAACACUGCCCUCUCCCUAAACACUGCCCUCUCCAUAAACACUGCCCUGUCCAUAAACACUGCCCCCUCCAUAAACACUGCCCCUCCAUAAACACUGCCCUGUCCAUAAACACUGCCCUGUCCCUAAACACUGCCCCCUUCCUAAACACUGCCGCCUUCCUAAACACUGCCCCCUUCCUAAACACUGCCCUCUCCAUAAACACUGCCCUGUCCCUAAAUACUGCCCUGUCCAUAAACACUGCGUCCUCCAUAAACACUGCCCUGUCCAUAAACACUGCCCUCUCCCUAAACACUGCCCUGUCCAUAAACACUGCCCUCUCCCUAAACACUGCCCUGUCCAUAAACACUGCCCUCUCCCUAAACACUGCCCUCUCCCUAAACACUGCGCCCUCCCUAAACACUGCCCUGUCCAUAAACACUGCCCUCUCCAUAAACACUGCCCUGUCCAUAAACACUGCCCUGUCCAUAAACACUGCCCUGUCCAUAAACACUGCCCUGUCCAUAAACACUGCCCUCUCCAUAAACACUGCCCUCUCCCUAAACACUGCCCUGUCCAUAAACACUGCCCUGUCCAUAAACACUGCCCUGUCCAUAAACACUGCCCUCUCCAUAAACACUGCCCUCUCCCUAAACACUGCCCUGUCCAUAAACACUGCCCUGUCCCUAAACACUGCCCUGUCCAUAAACACUGCCCUGUCCAUAAACACUGCCCUCUCCAUAAACACUGCCCUCUCCAUAAACACUGCCCUCUCCAUAAACACUGCCCUGUCCAUAAACACUGCCCUGUCCAUAAACACUGCCCCCUCCCUAAACACUGCCCUGUCCAUAAACACUGCCCUGUCCAUAAACACUGCCCUGUCCAUAAACACUGCCCUCUCCAUAAACACUGCCCUGUCCAUAAACACUGCCCCCUCCCUAAACACUGCCCUGUCCAUAAACACUGCCCUGUCCAUAAACACUGCCCUGUCCAUAAACACUGCCCUCUCCAUAAACACUGCCCUGUCCAUAAACACUGCCCCCUCCCUAAACACUGCCCUGUCCAUAAACACUGCCCUGUCCAUAAACACUGCCCUGUCCAUAAACACUGCCCUCUCCAUAAACACUGCCCUCUCCAUAAACACUGCCCCCUCCCUAAACACUGCCCUUUCUUACCACACCACCCUCUCUCUAAACAACUGCCCUCUCCCCAAACCAGCGCCCCCUCUUUUGUUGGCAAUUUGUUCCCAGCGCGUAUCCCGACGACGGCGACAAUCGCGCCGUCGUCGAGGGGGAACGGAGAAGGGAUUCGGAAAUCUCGCAGGGGGCCGUGCGCCCCGGGGAGUCGGGGGAGACAUCGCAGCCGGGGCCUCCAGCAGCCGGGGCCUCCAGUAGACGGGGCCUCCAGUAGCCGGGGCCUCCAGUAGCCGGGGCCUCCAGAAACUCUCCGGCCAGGUGGCCCCGCGGCAGCAGAGCCGGGUCGUUCAAAUCCAUGGCCGGGGUGGGUAUGGGGGGUGGGGGUUGACUCGCUCGGCCCAUCAUCCCCUCGGGGGGUCUAUAAAAAGAGGACCGUUUUGCGCGUCGGUCAACAGUGGUUGUUCUGUGGGGAGACUCGCCCUCGUCAUACACAUUGGGAAUGUCCACAGCUGGCUCAGGGCUGUGAAACUGGCGAUGAGCACCGCAGACCCCCCCCCCGUCUGAGGAGCAGGAGAUCUCUUGGGACUUUUUGGCUCCUGAAAAAAAAUACUACGAGUGGCCUGGGAAGGGGUGCACCUUCCCACGCGUCCUGCUGCGAGAUGUUUCCGCACGAUGGAUGAAUUACUUUCUUUUAAAUUCCCAGAGCUGGAGUUUGGCCCAGUUUAUUUGAAAACCAAAUUUUUAUGUCAUAGGUGUUUUUUUUGUUUGUUUGUGCAAUCAUUGGUGACCGGGCUGAGACCAUUCAGUUUAAUCAGAACUUCACAUGUCUAAUCAUUCUAGAUCUGAAGUUUUCGUGACUGCAAGGAUCCAUACUCUUUGGUUAUUUCAGUAAAGUCACGUAGGUGAAAAAAUAAAAAUAAAAAAUAAGAAUAAAAUUAGAAGUAACUAAAUUAAUUUAGUUAUUUAUAUUUCUAAAUUAAUUUAGUUAUUUUUGUAUUCUUAUUUUUCACCUACGUGACUUUACCAAAAGAACCAAAGAGUAUGUAUAAUCAUGUGGGUCUUUAUGUGAGGCUAUGGGUCUCUAUCUGAGUCUAUGUGUGUAGGGUCUCUCUGUGAGUCUAUGGGUCUCUGUGUGAGGCUGUAGGUUUCUCUGUGAGUCUAUGAGUCUCUGCGUGAGUCUGUGGGUCUCGAUUAGAGUCUUUGUGGGUAUUUUAAUGAGUAUAGGGUUCUCUGUGUGAGACUGUGGGUAUCUAUUAGACUAUAUGGGUCUCUAUGCUAGACUAUUGGUCUCUAUUCAAGUCUCUGUGGGUAUCUUAGUGAGUCUAGGGGUCUUUGUGUGAGGCUAUGGGUCUUUGUGUGAGUCUAUUGGUCUCUAUGUAAGUCUAUGGGUCUCUAUGUGAGGCUAUGGGUCUGCGUGUGAGUUUAUAGGUCUCCGUGUGAGUCUAUGGGUCUCUAUGUGAGUCUAUGGCUCUCCGUGUGAGUCUAUGGGUCUUCGUGUGAGUCUAUGGGUCUCUAUGUGAGUCUAUGGGUCUCUAUGUAAGGCUAUGGGUCUCUGUGUGAGUCUAUGGUUCUCUAUUCGAGUCUAUGUGGGUCUAUUAGUGAGUCUUAGGGGUCUCUCUGUGAGGCCAUUGUACUCCGUAUGAGUUUAUGGGUCUCUAUGUGAGGAUAUUGGUCUCUAUGUGAGUCUAUGGGUCUCCGUGUGAGUCUAUGGGCUUUGUGUGAGUCUAUGGGUCUCUAUGUGAGUCUAUGGGUCUCUAUGUGAGGCUAUGGGUCUCUAUAUGAGUCUAUGAGUGUAUAUGUGAGUCUAUGGGUCUCCAUGUGAGGCUAUGGGUCUCCGUGUGAGUCUAUGGGUCUCUAUGUGAAGCUAUGGGUCUCUAUAUGAGUCUAUGAGUGUCUAUGUGAGUCUAUGGGUCUCCAUGUGAGGCUAUGGGUCUCUGUGUGAGUCUAUGGGUCUCCAUGUGAGGCUAUGGGUCUCCGUGUAAGUGACCGGACUGAGGCCAUCAACUCACGACGCUGUGAGAACUUCGGUGUAACCACAGGCGGCUGAACCCUGGAUUCGAACCCAGGAUCUCAGCAGUGCCGACCUCUGAGCCUCACCUCCACCUUGCCUGCCCUCUCUCCCUCUCUCUCUCGCCAAACCGUGCCCUCUGUCUAAACCUUGCCCUUUCUGCAACCACCCUGCUCUCUUUAUAAACCCUGCACUGCCCUCUCUGCUGCCCCAGCAGCCCCUUGAUUGUUGCCUUGAGCUGCUCUCUGCCUAAGCUCUAUUUAUCUCGAGAUGUAAACCCUCAACCUCGGCAUUAUGAUUAAUUAUUAUUGAUAUUGUAAUUAUUAUUGUUGUCAAGGUUACAGUGUUACGAUUCUUGUUCUUGCAGAUGUUGUUUAAGUGUUGUUCUGCUGACUGAGCAGAACAGUAUGUGUGGUGUGUUCGCCUGUGCGUGUGUGUGUUCUCCUCUGUGUGUGUUCUCUUGUGUGUGUGCGUGUCUGUGUCAUCUUGUGCGUGAGCGUGUCUGUGUCAUCUUGUGUGUGAGCGUGUGUGUGUUCUCUCGUGUGUGAGCGUGUGUGUGUUCUCUUGUGUCUGUGUCUGACUGUGUCUGUGUGUUCUCCCGUGUGCGUGCGUUUGUCUGUAUUCUGUGUGCAUCUGAUCGUGUGUGAGCGUGCGUGGAGUGGUGGCGCAGUGGUUAGCGCACUGCGCUACAAACGCAGCAACCUGAGUUGGAUUCCCGCUCGCAGCCAACAUUAGUGACGGAAUAUAUCUGAAUCGAUUCUGGGCCUCCACUUGGUCGACUCAGCCUUAAAUGAGGACCUGGUGUGGUGUGCAAACAUCAGCACUGGAGAGACAAAGGCGGCCGGGCAUGGUGUUGGCCACUCACCCCCCUCGUAUGCCGUGCCGGCCUUCAUAGGUGCUCGCUAAUGGCACUUUCCCCAACAGCCUGUGCAGGCUACACAGGGGAUCUGUGUCUUUGUGGGCGCGUGUGUGUAUGCCUGCGAGUCUGCAUCUGUAUGUGCCUGUGCGCAUCUGUGUGUCCAUUGUGUGUGUGUCUGUAUGGGCACACUUGUCUGUGCAUGUGCGCGUUUGUGAUGUGUGUGCACUUGUGUGUGCGUUCGUAGUGUGUGCGUGUUCGUGGUGUGUGUGUGUUCGUGGUGUGUGUGUUCGUGGUGUGUGUGUGUUCGUGGUGUGUGUGCGUGGUGUGUGUGCGUGCGUGGUGUAUGUGUUCGUGGUGUGUGUGUGUGGUGUGUGUGUGUGUGCGUGCUGUGUGUGUGUGCGUGGUGUGUGUGCGUGGUGUGUGUGUGCGUGGUGUGUGUGUACGUGGUGUGUGUGUCUGCGUGGUGUGUGUGUGUUCGUGGUGUGUGUGCGUGGUGUGCGUGUGCGUGGUCUGUGUGUGUCUUCGUGGUGCUAGGCGCCCCCUCUGCUGCAAUGAUGGUGCGGUGUGCGUUAUUCACUCUCUCUUUAAAGGUGCUACGAGCGGAGUUGAGGUGGAGGGGUGGGGAAGAGGGGGAGCCGAGUUGGGGGGCUCACGAGGUGUGGGGGUUGAGGCAAUGGGCCCCCACACGCCACACAGUCCCACUCUGUGUUACCAUGAGCCCCCCCUCCCCAUGACCCCCCCCCUUCACCUGAACACCGCCCAUGACGUCACUGGCGCGACGCUAAUUAAUGUAUCCGGUAAUUAAAGGUCCAAUGAAUUGCG